UUUUUCUCCAACUAGAAAAAACACAAAAAAAAAAAAAAAAGUGAAAGAAACCAAGCAAAUCUCUGUGUGUGUGUGUGUGUGUGAUGGAAGUUGCUUUAGAGUUUGGGAUUGUCUUCCUUUUCAAUAUUAUUUGAUGAAGAAGGAUGGUGAGAUGGGAAGAAGUGAUGUCAGGAGGAGUAGGAGAUGAAAGAGAGGCAACGUUGGAGUGGUGAAGAAGAUGCAUUGUUACGUGCUUAUGUUAGACAGUUUGGUCCGAGAGAAUGGCAUCUUGUGUCUGAGCGUAUGAACAGACCUUUGAACCGUGACGCCAAGUCUUGUUUGGAGCGAUGGAAGAAUUAUCUUAAGCCAGGGAUCAAGAAAGGUUCUUUGACUGAGGAAGAGCAGAGGCUUGUCAUCCGUCUUCAGGAGAAACACGGCAACAAGUGGAAGAAGAUUGCUUCGGAGGUUCCCGGGAGGACUGCCAAGCGUUUAGGCAAGUGGUGGGAAGUCUUCAAGGAGAAGCAACAGAGAGAAGAGAAAGAGAGUAACAAGAGAGUUGAGCCUAUUGACGAGAGCAAGUACGAUCGGAUUCUUGAGAGUUUCGCUGAGAAGCUUGUCAAAGAGCGUUCUAACGUUGUCCCUGCUGCUGCUGCCGCCGCUGCCACUGUGGUGAUGGCUAAUUCUAAUGGAGGGUUUCUACAUUCUGAUCAGCAAGUUCAGCCUCCUAACCCGGUGAUCCCUCCUUGGUUAGCUAAUCCUAACAAUGGGAACAAUGUUGUCGUAAGACCUCCAUCCGUGACUUUAACUUUAUCUCCUUCCACCCUGGCUGCAGCCGCACCUCAACCGCCAAUCCCGUGGCUGCAGCAGCAGCAGCCCGAGAGAGCAGAGAGCGGUCCAGGGGGACUUGUGUUAGGGAGUAUGAUGCCGUCUUGUAGCGGGAGUAGCGAGGGUGUGUUCUUGUCAGAGCUUGUGGAAUGUUGUAGAGAGUUGGAGGAAGGGCAUAGAGCUUGGGCGGACCAUAAGAAGGAGGCCGCAUGGAGGCUAAGGCGGCUGGAGCUGCAGCUUGAGUCAGAGAAGACGUGUAGACAAAGGGAGAAGAUGGAGGAGAUUGAGGCUAAGAUGAAAGCUCUGAGGGAAGAGCAGAAGAGCGCAAUGGAGAAGAUCGAAGGAGAGUACAGAGAACAGCUCGUUGGUUUGAGGAGAGACGCUGAGGCCAAAGACCAGAAACUGGCAGAUCAAUGGACCUCUAAACAUAUUAGACUCACCAAAUUUCUUGAACAGAACAUGGGUUGCAGAUUAGACCGCCCUUAAACUGCUUCCUAAGCUCUUUGUUGUCAUGUAAUGUAAGCUUUUUGUUUUGGUUUUCUUUUUUUUCUUUCUUUGAUCAUUUGGUGUCUCCAGUGUUUAGUCAGACUUCUGGGUUCUUUAACUCAGCUUUGUAUUUGUUUCUUGGCUUCUCUCAUCUUACCUUUGUUCCACUUUACCACUUCUGUUUUAUGUAUGGCUUUGUUUUCUCAA